AUGGCUACCACCACUCCCAAGAUAACCAACGGCCUAGCUCUCGGUAUCGGAAGUACUGUUAAUUCCCACCGAGCAGCAUCUAUGGCCACUUCUUCUCUCUCCUACGCCCUUCCCACUUUCCUACUCAAAGGCUGGUUGUCUCGGCGGCGGGCGGUUCGUUUUGACUCACUUGUUGGCGGUCGAUUAACUCGCCACCGUGUCAAUUCUUCGGUGGUUCGAGUUAGAGCCACGGCUGCUUCCGAGGAGCAGCCUAGCUCUUCAGCUCCAGCUGUUGAGAACUUGGUAAUCAUAGGCUCAGGUCCUGCUGGAUACACAGCAGCAAUUUAUGCAGCUCGAGCCAACUUGAAGCCUGUAGUAUUUGAGGGAUAUCAAGUAGGAGGUGUUCCGGGUGGACAAUUGAUGACUACCACUGAAGUGGAGAACUUUCCAGGGUUCCCAGAUGGAAUCACUGGUCCAGACUUGAUGGAUCGGAUGAGACGGCAAGCUGAUCGAUGGGGAGCAGAAUUAUUUCAAGAAGAUGUGGAAUUAAUUGAUGUGAAGGACAGUCCUUUUACUGUGCAGAGUAGUGAACGUAAGGUAAAGUGCCAUAGUCUUAUUGUGGCCACAGGAGCCACUGCAAAAAGGCUCAAUUUACCUCGUGAAGAUGAAUUUUGGAGUAGAGGAAUCAGUGCUUGUGCAAUUUGUGAUGGAGCGUCGCCACUUUUUAAGGGGCAGGUUCUUGCUGUGGUUGGAGGAGGUGAUACAGCUACAGAGGAGGCGUUAUACUUAACUAAAUAUGCUCGUCAUGUUCAUUUACUUAUACGUAGGGACCAACUAAGGGCAUCCAAAGCAAUGCAAGAUAGAGUUCAGAACAAUCCAAACAUCACCUUGCACUUCAAUACCGAGACUGUGGAUGUUGUUAGCAAUACAAAAGGACAGCUGUCUGGCAUUUUGCUUAAAAAACUUGAUACUGGGGAGGAAUUUGUGCUGGAGGCAAAAGGCUUAUUCUAUGGCAUAGGACAUUCACCAAAUAGCCAAUUGCUGGAAGGCCAAGUUGAUCUUGAUAGCACAGGCUAUCUGUUGGUUGAGGAGGGCACUGCGAAAACAUCUGUUGAAGGUGUAUUUGCUGCUGGAGAUGUACAGGAUCAUGAAUGGAGGCAAGCCAUAACUGCAGCUGGGUCAGGAUGCAUUGCUGCUUUAUCAGUGGAGAGAUAUCUUACAAGCAAUAAUCUCCUUAUUGAAUUUCACCAGAUUGAGACAAAGCUACCUGUCUUUGCUCACUUGUCAAAGAUGCAGAAUGCUUCCAUUGAUCAACACAGUCCAAAGGAAAAGCCCAAAACUGAAGAACCUAAGAAGGAGCUCACAGACAGAGAUGUACAUGAAGGUUUUGAUAUCUCACUUACAAAGCACAAGGGCCAGUAUGCUCUGCGAAAAUUGUACCACGAAAGUCCAAGGCUUAUAUGUGUAUUAUAUACAGCUCCAACUUGUGGUCCAUGUAGGACGUUGAAGCCAAUUCUUAGCAAGGUGAUAGAUGAAUUUGAUCAGAAUGUCCAUUUUGUUGAAAUUGAUAUCGAGGAGGAUCAAGAGAUUGCGGAGGCAGCUGGAAUUAUGGGUACACCAUGUGUACAAUUUUUCAAGAAUAAGGAAAUGCUCAGGUUGAGCCUUAUACUUGUUUAUAUCCAGGGCAAGCCUAUCCUGUAUCACGGCCUCAUUCCUCACGCUUACACUACCCAUCUCAUUCUGGACUUCUGGUUGCAUUAG